AGAACCUUUUCAGUAAGUUUUUCAGUUCUGUUGCAAGUGAGCUAGAGCUAACAUCUAAAAUAUUUUGUGUAAAGAUAAACCAGGGCAAAAAAAGAAAAGUGUUCGUCUUGUGCAAUUUUUGUGAUCUGUUGAGAUUCAAGAUUUAGUUGAACAACCAGCGGCAGCAACAACAGACAGGAUCUCCGCGGAAGGGGAAGAGCGGAGGGGGCUGCGCCACGAGUUGCGGGGGCGUUAGAGGCUUUGUCUUGCGCGGAAGACACGUCCCCCACUACUUGUCCAUUCCAAGCACGUCCUUCAACAGCAGCUUACGCGUCUGCCAGCAAGACAACUCGAUCACCCAUGAUGUAUCCUUUGCCCAGCAACUAGAGGUUGCCCGGAUCUCAGCCCAGAUUCCAGCAUGACGGAACCGGCAGUGCCCGGCGAGGAGCUAUGCUCCUCAGACUUGGUCAGCCCCAUACCGAAUGCGGAAAUCUCCAACACAUCCAGCAUGUCCUUGGCUUCCACUGCCCUGGCCUUUAUCCACAAUGGUUUUCCGCUCAUCGACCGGAGGAGUGAGGAGGGUUACCAUGGAUCGGAGGUGGAACCGGUGCUAGAAGCAGACCCAGGACUACAAUCCCGACCAGAAACCUCCGCAGUGCACAUAACAGAACAUUUAGUUGAGCAUCCAGCUCAACACCCAGCAGAUCCCACAACAGAACAACUUGAAGAUAUCCCAGCAGAUCUUUCAGCAGAUCUCCCAACACAUCUCCCAGCAGAUCCAACAUCAGCUUCACCAGCAGAGCCUCCAGCCGAUCCUUUAGCGGAUUCAUCAGCAGAUUCAUCAGCGGAUUCAUCAGCGGAUUCAUCAGCGGAUUCAUCAGCGGAUUCAUCAGCGGAUCCAUCAGCGGAUCCUUCACCGGAUUCUUCAGCGGAUGCUCUGCCAGAUUCGUCAGCAGAUUCGUCAGCAGAUCCCAUAGCAGAUAUCCCAGCAGAUAUCCCAUCAGCAGUUAUGCCACCAGAUCCACAAGCAAGUCCCCCAAAAAAUCUACCAACAGAGUUAGCAACGAAUCACCCAAAGGAACACAUUGAUGAAGAACGACCGGACACACAAAAGCCAUCGAGUAAACAGGAAGGUUCCAUCAAAGUUAAGAUGUCCCCUGACGCACCUGUGUUUUAUCCCAUGGGUACCAGAUACAGAUCCCGCAUACAGUCAAACGAAGAGGAGCCCCCACCGAGUGCACCCCACAAUUCGGCGCCGAGAAACUCCUUCGAGUUUGGCCUCGCAAACGGAACGGGGCCAUACAUCGGACCAGGGGGGGGCAAUAUUCCUCGGAGCUACUACUUCGUCGAUCCUACCACCGGCAAGCGCAUCAAGAACAACUAUAAGGGCGCGAAGACCGAAGUACACCGGAUUGAACUAAUCCCUAACCGGCGAGAGAUCCCAAAAUCUAAAGCAAGAGAUACCUGGAUUGCCAACUUAAACAAAAAACGAACACCACCACCACCAGCACCGCAACCAUCACCACCGCAGUCACCACCACCACAACCACCAACAGAUGAAAAUCUUACGCAGAAGGCUUCUGGAAGAGCGUCGAUACCCAGAACCAACAAUUCUCGCCAUUUUCUCACAGAUCCAACGAAGUUCAAAAUAUCCCCAGAGUUUCCAUCCUUCGAGUCCUUUGCCGGGCAGCUGGACGACAUGGGUGUGAAACGGGAUGAGUUCAUGGCAACGCUGCGAAACCUUUUAAUAAGAGCCAAUGACCUGAUGUUGCCCCUACUCCAGGGUCCCUUUAAGUACAUGACGACCUUACAGAUGGCCGAGUACACCAGCGCUAUUCUGGACACACCUCCGCUACAUCCGAGUAUCUUCAUGCCAGCGAAUACGCCGCGUCCCUGGACGAACCUCACUGGACUCAAUCGGCCCUUCGACAUCCAUCCGAACAGUCUCACGCCAGAGGAUCUGGCCAUUGUCCAGAAAACUCCCAAGCAUGUGGAAGCCACCACUCAGACGGAAUACCUUUGCAUCUGCAUGUUCUUCAAUCAGGGAAGAUCGGAUUCGGCGGCUGUGCCACCACCAGCACCUGUGCCACCACCAGCACCUGUGCCACCACCAGCACCUGUGCCACCACCAUCAUCUGUCCCUCCGCCAACAACUGUCCCGCCGCCAGCAACUGUCCCGCCGCCAGCAAAUGUCCCGCCGCCAGCAAAUGUCCCGCCGCCAGCAAUUGUCCUGCCGCCAACAACUGUCCCGCCGCCAACAACUGUCCCGCUGCCAUCAACUGUUCCGCCGCCAGCAAUUGUCCCGCCGCCAGCAAUUGUCCCGCCGCCAGCAAAUGUCCCGCCGCCAACAACUUUCCCGCUGCCAACAACUUUCCCGCUGCCAUCAACUGUUCCGCCGCCAGCAAUUGUCCUGCCGCCAGCAAAUGUCCUGCCGCCAACAACUGUCCCGCCGCCAACAACUUUCCCGCUGCCAUCAACUGUUCCGCCACCAGCAAUUGUCCCGCCAGCACUUGGGCCGCCGCCAGCAUCUGUCCCGCCGCCAGCACCUGUCCCGCCGCCAGCACCUGGGCCGCCGCCAGCACCUGGUCCGGGUGCUGCAUACUAUACAGGAUCACCUAUUAACACUCCUCGAAUGCUCAGGGCACCAGGCGGAGGACCCGGUGGACCGAGAAUACCGCAGGCGUAUCCGACAGUAUCCGGGCCAGGAGGCUCACAGAGCGGACCACCACCACAACAGUCGUUUUGCUUCUGGAGUAGGCCUAUGCCAAUGACCAUGCAUUCUAAUCAAGGUCCGCAUCCUGCGCCACAUCGCAUGCCCCGGCCACCGCAUCCAAAGGCCUUUCAGCAUCCGAAUCCACCAGCGCAUCACCAUUCACCAACACCACAUCCGCAUCUCCAUCCGCAUACCUGUGCCCAUUCCCAUCCGCAUCCACAUCCGGGAAUGCAGGCGGGUCAUCCGAUGGCGUCGAGGAAUAGCCCACAGCCGCACAGGCUGUGUGGAGCAGCGCGCUUCCAAGAUGGGGGGUACCGUGGCUACCGCAUGCAAGGUCCCAACAGUCCGCACAACCAGCCGAAUCAAUGUCGCUUUGGUCCCAUCGGUAGUGGUCGUACCAGCGAAAAUAGUGACGGGAGCAAUACGAACUACAACAACGGAGGAAACCCAGUCUGUGCGGGCACACAAAGUGGCAGCGAUAAGAUGGCUUCUGAUCUAUUCCAACCCCUGGUGGAAUCCUCUACAUCGAGCUCCGAUUCGUCGAGCACCGAAACCUCCGGCUUGCUCAAGUUCGCCCAGAUGGAGCUGGGGGAAUAUGUAAAGAAUAAGAAGGCAUGCAAAGACAACAUCGCCGAAGAGGAGGCUGACGACGAUAAUGAUGAGGGCGGAGCUGAGCAUAAAAACAAGGACGCGAAGGUGCCUGAUCCAAAUUGCAGUGGCGGCAAUGUCCAGCAGCGGCCUUACCACUUCGGAGAGUUCGUAAACUACAUCACGUCGGGGUCUACCACACCGCCCUGCUCCCAAGGGAUAACCAAUGUGAUUCCAACUUAUAUCACAGUCCAUCGUCUUCCUCUCGUUCGGUCCGAUCAGGAGUUGUUGCCUCCUUUGCCCCAGAUGCCGCCAAUGCCUCCAAUACCUCCAAUGCCCAAAAUAGAUGACGUGGCUUGCAAUGCCAAUGGAGGCUCGGCUGGUACACAAUCCAAGAUGCCUUCGACUUCCCACGAACACUAUAUUGGUAACCAGUUCAAUCCGAAGUACAGCCAACAGCAAUGUCCCAAUCCCAAUGGAGGCCCGUCUGGUACUCAAACCAAUAAGCCUUCGACUUUCCAGGAAAACUAUAUUGGUAACCAGUUCAAUCCGAUGUGCAGCCAACAGCAGUGGCCCAAUCCCAAUGGUGGCCCGGCUGGUACUCAAUCCAAGAAGCCUUCGACUUCCCAGGAACACUAUAGUGGUAACCAGUUCAAUCCGAUGUACAGCCAACAGCAGUGGCCCAAUCCCGACAACAAUGCAGCUAUGUUUAGCCAGGAGCAGGCAGGUCCCAGUGGAAUUUAUAUGAGACCUCCUCCUCCGGUACAACCAAUACCACCACCAUUCCCUCCAAACAUGUAUCCGAUACGGCAGGAGAAGCCCAUGGGACCGAUCCUGUUCGAGGUGGGCGGCAAUACCGGCCACAGUGCCGGCCCGCCCAUGAUGCAAAACAUCAACAGUGGCAACGGGUACGGUCAUGGUCGUGGUCGUGGAUACGGCCCUUGUCCGAAUCAAGGCACUCAUGGCCAGAAUCCUUACGGACAUAUGACUCAUCCGGUACCUUCGCCACAUUCGCCACAUCAGGCACACCAGACUCAUCCAUCCCACUACGGAAUGUCCUUCAACGGCAAUAUGGCCCCGAAUAUGAGCCACAUGAACCAGGUCAGUCACAUGAACCACAUGGGCAGGGGCAUGGGCGUCGGAUUGCUUCCGGUGCCUUUGCAGAUGCUCAGUCCAAGUCGGAUGGAGCAGUCUAGCUCCAUGGGUAUGCCUAUGAAUAUGCCACCACUCAACCUUAUGAGUCCUCGGCGCAAUGUAAUACCUAUAAAUACCUAUCACCAGAAUGGAAGCAACCCGGACACGAACAAGAUUCCGCCAUAUGGCGGACCUGGAGGAGUGAACUUGAACAAUGGGAGCGCCGAGAUGCAGCAAAUCAGGAUACCUCCCGAUCCUCGCCAAGGCUUCGAACACAAUGUGGGUGUGUCGUGUGACAACACGCCAAGUAUUCGCCUCUUAAGGAUUUCCUUGCCACUAUCCUUUCCCCAAAGUGGAGCACUUGUCCAGGAUGAUGGUGCACCCAACAACAACAACAACCAGAUCAACAUCCAAAGCAUGAAUCCGAACAACAACCAGAACAACAUUCAAACCAUGAAUCAGAACAACAACCAAAACAACAUCCAAAGGAACGAUCAGGACAACAACCAGGACAACAUUCAAGGCAAGAAUCAGGACAACAACCAGAUCAAUAUCCAAAGCAUGAAUCCGAACAACAACCAGAACAACAUUCAAAGCAUGAAUCAGAACAACAACCAGGACAACAUUCAAGGCAAGAAUCAAGACAACAACCAGAUCAACAUCCAAAGCAUGAAUCCGAACAACAACCAGAACAACAUUCAAACCAUGAAUCAGAACAACAACCAAAACAACAUCCAAAGGAACGAUCAGGACAACAACCAGGACAACAUUCAAGGCAAGAAUCAGGACAACAACCAGAUCAACAUCCAAAGCAUGAAUCCGAACAACAACCAGAACAACAUUCAAACCAUGAAUCAGAACAACAACCAAAACAACAUCCAAAGGAAGGAUCAGGACAACAACCAGGACAACAACCAGAACAACAUCCAAAGGAAGAAUCAGAACAACAUCCAAAUCAAGAAUCAGUACAACAAUCAGAACAACGUCCAAGGCAAGAAUCAGAGCAACAACCAGAACAACAUCCAAAGCAAGAAUCAGAACCACAACCAAAACAACAUCCAAAGCAAGAAUCAGAACAACAUCCAAAGCAAGAAUCAGAACAAUAUUCAGAAAAACAUUCAAAGCAAGAGUCAGAACAACAACCAAAACAACAUCCAAAGCAAUAAUCAGAACAACAUCCAAAGCAAGAAUCAGAACAACAUCCAAAACAAUAAUCAGAAAAACAUCCAAAGCAAGAAUCAGAACAACAACCAGAACAACAUCCAAAGCAAGAAUCAGAACAACCAGAAAAACAUUCAAAGCAAGAGUCAGAACAACAACCAGAACAACAACCAAAACAACAUCCAAAGCAAGAAUCAGAACAACAUCCAAAGCAAGAAUCAGAACAACAUCCAAAACAAUAAUCAGAAAAACAUCCAAAGCAAGAAUCAGAACAACAACCAGAACAACACCCAGGACAACAUUCAGGACAACAUCCAAAGCAAGGAUCAGAACAACAACCAGAACAACAUCCAAAGCAAGAAUAAGAACAACAUACAAAGCAAGAAUCAGAACAACAUCCAAAACAAUAAUCAGAAAAACAUCCAAAGCAAGAAUCAGAACAACAACCAGAACAACACCCAGGACAACAUCCAGGACAACAUCCAAAGCAAGGAUCAGAGCAACAACCAGAACAACAUCCAAAGCAAGAAUAAGAACAACAACCAGAACAACAUCCAAAGCAAGAAUCAGAACAACGACCAGAACAAAGACAAUGAUCAGAAGAAGAAAACCCAACCGUCCUACGCUUCCUUCCUGAAGUAAGUGUCCAGAAGAAGAGAAUUUUUACUCUUAAAAUUAUGUUUCUUUUAUUCGAUUAAAUAAAAAACACGCACACU